AUGAAGUCGGCCAAGGCGCCCGCCGUGGAGGCGCCGUCGCACCGGCGGUCGCAGCCUGUCCGCCAGACGCGCACGAAUCCUCCUCGCAGCUCGGCGACGGCUGCCCGCUCCGGGCCCAGAGACUCGCUGGGCGGCCCAGCUGGCGACCAGCCCAUUGACAUCUUCCCUGCCAUCACCCACUUUGCCGACACCAUUACCGCCCUGCCCAAAGAGCUCGUCCGCCACUUCACGCUGCUCAAAGAGGUCGACGCCAAGAUAUUCGCUCCCCAGGAGCAGCUGUUCAAGCUCGUCGCCUCCGCGAGGGCGAUCGCCAUUCCCGAGGCGCGGACGGGCAAUGACGCUUCGAGCACGGCGCCGCCGCAAUCCGCGCCCAUGAGCGCCCAGACGAGCUCCAACGGGGCUGCCCUCAACCAGCAGAGCCAGGCCGUGGCGUCGACGACCGACGAGGCCAGCGGCGGCGUGUUCGAUCCCUCCAACCUCCACCGCCGCCAGCUGUUCCGCCAGACCGCGAUCAAGAUACAGGAGAUGCUCGUGUCGCUGGAAGAGAAGAACCACGUCAUCUCCACAGCGAACGAGGCGCUGCAGAGGCAGCUGGCCCGGGUCGAGGACGUGUGGCCCUACCUGGAGAGCGAGUUCAGCGACGAGGCCAAAUGGGGGAGCACCACCCACUGGGCCUACCCCGAGAACCGCAACAGCAAGGCGGCGCAGGCGGCCGAGCGAUCCAGACGCGAUGGCGCGGCGGCCAUUUCGGCAGCCGCACAAGCUCUGGCGGAACAGGCGGCCGCCCGGAGCGAUGCCAGGAAGCAAGCCGUGCAGGCCAAGCGGAGCCAAAAGACGCAUGCGCUCGAUUCCGAAGCCGAUGACCACGACGGUCGGAACAAGGACGGCACGAACAAGAAAUCCAGCUCGAGCAAAGUUCGAAAGACGGCUGAGGGUAACAAUGUUGGUUUAGGCAUCACCACCGGAGCCUCCUCCAACGGCAACCCGCCACAGAAAAGGCGCAAGGACAAGGAGAAAGCCGCUGCCAGUGGGGGAGAGGCGCCCCCCAUGGAGCGUGCCAUGAGCCUCGUCUUCGGUAACAAUGCGUCCAAAGCGAAGCCUACCGGUAGCCCUCGUGAAACACCGGCCCCAGAGGUGCCGAAGAAACGCAAGGCUCUGCCCACAAGCAGCGGCCAAUCCAAGAAGAAGAAUGCCCUAUCGGCCACCAUGUCUCCUUCAGCUGCGUCCUCUCCCGUUUUGGGAACCCUUCCAGAGACCAAGGCACCACCGAGCCGCCCGUCGCCCGCACCGGCAGCGGCACCCACGCCCGCCCCCCGACCGACGACGUCUCGCGCACGACAGAAUUCUAUACAGUCAAACUCAGAAGCCAGCAAGGCCAGGCCAUCCUCGUCAGCAGCCAAAAAGGCGAAUGGGAACAUGGCCAGCACGCCCGAGAUUUCCUCGGCUGCAAGCUGGCCACGCCCCAAUCACGACUCCGAGUCUAACAAGGAAACCCCCGUGACGGUCAAGACUGAGCCUUUGCCGAAGGAGGCGGAACGAGUAGACGAUAAGCCCACGGCGACUCCAGUUGCUACGGCCACUACCACUACCACCUCGUCCAGUCGCAGGAACAGCAGGGUAGAGGACGCCGAUCGCAAGAGUGAGCCGGCCCAGCCUACGCCGCAGACGGGUACGGUCACGACCAAGAGCGGAAGAGCAAGCAAACCAUCCACGCCGGCUCUGCCCAGCUUCCAGGACGCGGCUGCUGCCAGGCCUCGGACGACGCGCAAUGCAGAGCCGAUGGGCAAUGGCAAGAAGACGCAGCAAAAGAAGGGCGCCGCGGGGACACAAGCUGUGGCCCAGCUCGCGGAUGAAGAUGGAAACAGCAGCAUGCAGGGCGACGACGGCGACGACGACGCAGACGUUGAUCCGGACGAAGCUACAUACUGCUACUGCAACAGCAUCAGCUACGGCGCCAUGGUGGCGUGCGAUUCUGAUGACUGUGCUCGCGAGUGGUUCCAUUUGGCUUGCGUAGGCCUCAAGGUUCCGCCAAGUUCAAAGACCAAGUGGUACUGCCCCGACUGCAAAGAGCGCCUCAAGGUGGGCAGCAAAAAGAACGGUAGCCGAUAG